AUGAAAAGACACGUGUCUUUACGUGACAUAUUGACAGGUAAUAAGAAAAAGGUGAAAAGGCAAGAGGCUCUACAAAUUACUAUUGAUGAGGAAAAUAAUACUGAAUCCAGCGCUUUUGAUGCCAAAACAAUCAACUAUGACGAUUCUUCAGUAAUAUUACUAAACCAUUCUAUGGUCAAACCGAUUGAAGCCACUUCUGCUAGUCGCAAAUCUGCGAAGGAGUUUUUGAUGAUGAAACGCACCAAAGAAAAAUGCGAUGACGCAAACGAUGAUCUUAUUGUAAUCAGUGACAAAGGUCCCAAAAGUGACAAUAAUUAUAGUGAAAAUACAAUCUCAUAUGAGCUAGAAGAUGAUAUCGCGAUAAUUUCCACAUCGAGAAUCAAAUCAUCGCUUCUUAAGGAAAGGGCCCCUAAACUCAAGAACUUACUCAAGAAGGAAACAAUUGAUACUUUUAAAAGAUUUAAUAGUAUUUCCAAACUAAAAGAAAUAGAGCCACCGUUACCACUACACCAAUUGACCUGCCCUGAUGAUGAUGGCGAACUGCCGGAUAAGCCCAUUAAUAUUCCACUUCCUUUCCGGACAACACCAUCACUACAUCAUGAUUUUCUCUCUAGCGACUACGAAACACUGAAAGACAAUAAUUUAGCAUCCAGUAUUCCCAUCCAUUACCCAGCCCCUAAAUUACUUGGUGCAAAUGUCAAGAGGAAUACAACCCUUACAUGGCCACAGCUGUUCAAGCCAGUUACACUGAAACAGGUACUAAUUGAACCUAAAUUGAAAUCUCAAAUUAAAAACUGGAUUGCGACAUCAUUUCAUAUGCUAGAAAAGCCUACUACAAGGAAGCGCUUACUAAACACAAUCACUUCGAGUAAACAGCAGGGUACUGGUUCUGAAUUUGCUAACUUUAUUGUGCCUGAUUUCAUAGAAGACGAAAGUCUGCGUGCAAAUUCCUACAAAAAUGGCGAAACAAAUCCUAACCUAAGCGAAUUUGUACCACUAAUGAUAUUGCACGGCAAUUCAAUAGGGAAGAAGACACUGAUACAAACAAUCAUGAGAGAAAUUGCUGGCGACGAUAACUCUCAUCAGAUAUACGAAGUUAACUCAAACGUGAAUAGGAGUAGGAAAGAUUUACUUGAUACCCUAUUAGAUUUCACCACUACACAUUAUGUUAAAGAUUCCUCGAAAAGGAAAUAUGAUUAUGGACUUGUUUUAUUUAAUGACGUUGAUGUAUUAUUUAAGGAACAUGACAGGGGAUAUUGGUCAAUGAUUAAUAAGCUGUGCGAGUUUUCCAGGAGGCCUCUGGUAUUGACUUGUAAGGAUUUGUCAUUAAUUCCUAGUGAGCUUAUUGCAUUGACAAUUGAACAAAAUUCUCUGUUUCAUGCAAAAAAAAUUAGUACAUCAUCUGUGCAUGCGUUUUUAACAAAAUAUUUGAAAUCCCUUGAAAUCGAAGUUUGUGAUGAUUGGCUUCAUGAUAUGAUAAAACAUAAUGAUGCAGAUAUAAGGAAGUGCUUGAUGUCUUUGCAGUUUUGGUGUGUCAAUAAAAAGAGUGAUUUGAUAUUAUCGAAGAGCAGAAUACGGACCCCAACAUUGAUCAUGGGUUCGAAUAUGGAUGAAAUGUCACAAUUAACUGAUCUUCUAUCCCUAAAUGAUGUUAUUGGCCAGGCAACGCGAAACCGUUCAAUGGUAAAACAAGAAAUAGAUUCCACCACAAUGACACCAGAAAAACUUCAUGCUUUCCAGGAUCCUAAUAUAGAUGAUGAAAUGAAACUGAAAUCUGAUUAUAUGAUUGACUAUAACUUGCAUUUAAAUGACCCUGAUAGGCAACAGUUACUGCCGUUUGAAUUGAAUAUUCACCAGCAUAUCCAAGAACAGCUAGAGGCUCAGCCAAAUUACUGCCGAGAAUUGACACCAAAAAUUAAUAAAGAAUUACUCGUCAACAAGUUCAAAAAAAUGACUGAAUCCACAAUCAAUUUUCUAGGUUCGAGAAUACCAAGGUAUGACCAGUUACAGUCGACAAGAAGAACGAGAAAUUCUAGAAAAAUUUCUGAUACACUGAACCAAUUUAAAGGUAUUUAUAACGUCGAUGCUCUAAAUGAAAAUGCUGAGCUUUAUUUACUGAGCAAUACUACUCAACAAAUAAAAGCGGAAAUUAAUCCUUUUGUUUUCGAAAUUGCCAAAAGUGAUGCCAAUGUCAAGGAUGAAAAUAAGCAGAUAUUUGAGUUGCACAGCGAACAUGUAUCAGAAAGGCGAUAUAAAGACUUAGUUUACCAGUUAUCACAAGACGGUAUUCUAAAAAAUGUAUGGUUCAGGGCCGAUCCAAGUAUAGUAGUGAGAAAAUGGGACCAUUUACGCUCGAAGGUUUCAAAACAUGAUUGA